AGAGGAUUGAUGCACCCGUUGCCUAAUGGCAACGCAGAUCUGUGAAGAGCUUUCCAAUUGUGAGGCCGGGAAGGCGGGCACCGCGCUCGAACGCAAGGCGGGAGAAGAUGGCGGUGCGUCGACAGCUGCAGGAGCUGUUCCAGGACCCGCAGCUUGAUGGAGUCAUCACUGUGGAGCGGCCGCCGUCCCCCGCCGCUACCACAUGGACCUUGCGGUCGCCGCCUACCUCGCCGCUGGCCGCGGGGGUGGCGUUGCCACCGCGGCGGCAGGGGCCGCUGCCGGAGGACUGUGCCAUGUUCCAGUGCCGCGGCUGCUGGGCGGUGCUGGGGGACUCGCUGCACCUGUGCGCGCAGGAGGAGCGGCGGCUCGGCCUCCUCGUCUGCUUCAAAGUCACAAACGACGUGGCCUGGGAGGAUUCGCUGAUGAUCGGCCUCGAGGGAGCCCUGCUGGGAUGUGCUUACAAUGCAUUAUCCUGUCGGUCAUGUGGCUUGGUCGUGGGCUUCAUUCUUUAUUCUGCCUCCAGUGACCUGGCAUAUCUCCGAGGCUUCUUCUGUUUCUUCAAGGACAGCAUCCUCUGUUAUCUCUUAAAAAAACAAAUGAUAAUAGAAGCUUCUAAGGUGAAUUUUCCUGCUGUGACCUUAAAGGAACAACUGCGGGAACUGAAAGAAAAGCUUGUGGAAGUCCACAUUCGCAUAGAAUUGCUAAUGAAGAAGCUGGAGGAACUGGAAAAAAUAACGCAGCAGAAAGGCAAAGCUCUGUAUCAGAUGCAGUUGGCCUACCACCAGGAUAUGCAAUAGUUAGGGUCAACUAAUAAUAUGCCAUUUUCAAGAACUGCUGGAGUUGUUUCUGCAUCUAUGUUGUGUGUGUUCAUUAUGAUGAAAUAAUGCACCAGAACAGGUUUGAGUGUUGAUCUGUUACUUUAUCUGUGUAUAGAAAGAACUGACACUUAAGUGCAGUGCUAAGGGGAAGACCUGAAAAUCUGACAUAGUGUAGUUAUGCUUGGAAAAAUGAACAGCUCACCCAUGCAGCACAUCACUCUCUGAGACAGUGUAACUAUGACUUUGAUUCUCCCUAAUGACUUCAGGGGAAAGAACAGCCUUUGAAAUACUAAAAUCAGGUUUCUGGAACUACUAACAUACUAACAAGAUGAUGUUCAAGAGGAGCUAUUAGAAAUUGAAUGUUCUUACAGACAUCUGAAGUUCUCCUACCUCUUCAUGUAGAUAGUGUUAAUGGCAACUGCCUGUUGCUGAAGUGGCUCAUGGGCUACAUCAGGUAUGUGAGGCACUGCUAAGUGGCAUCCUGAUUAGAUUUGCUUGUGUAUGUAGCCUACAAAAGGAACAAGCUAGCAUGUCACAGAAGCCGCACAGCAUGCUUAGCACAUGGACCUGGAUGGCACAAUGCUGGCUGGAGCACAAGGUUUUGGAUUUCAAAUUCAAGGGGAACCUACCUGCCUGCCAAGUCCUCUGGACGUGCAGCCAUAGGGCUGCACGGGACUGAGUCAAGUUCUAGCAGCUCCGUGAAGCUUAGGUUGUGAGCAGCUGCCUUUGACAGAUAUGAGCCUUCCUUUCUGGGGCUGAAGCCGUGAAACCAAGGAACGGUCUUUUUUUCUCAUUCACUUCUGCUCAAUUGUGGGAGCAGUGCUCUGCUGAAGUCAUGAUGGAAUGCCUGCUGCCUUCCUUGGCUGGUUGAGAUGUUUCAUACAAAAUACCUAAUAGGUACUCAUCGGCAUUUCUCUCUAUUUUGAAUGGGGUCUGCUUCUUUCCAAACAUCUAGGAAGUAAUUUGAUGGAAAAGAAAGAACACUACUUACCCCUUGUUAUUGGGACAGAAUAUGUUUAUCCCUAAGUCUUGUUAGUUGGAAGAUUAAGGGUUCUUUUCCUCUCCCUUUUGCUGCCUAAAGGGCUUAUGUUUUAAACCUUCCGUAAAGUUUAGUAGUUGUCUGUAGUCGUCUAGAGAGGAUUGCAUUUACUUGAUCAACUUGAUUCCAGUGACGCAAUUUGUCAUUCCUUACUUCCAUUUCCAUAUAUGAUUGGCAGAUUUCACUCCCCAUUGUGGCUGUGAUGCCAGUACUUCCUGUAUUUCAUGGUCUUCAUUGUUUUAUUUGUAAAAUAACUCUUGGGCUUGGAGCAGAAGGGACAAAACUCACUGCAAGGCACCUCAGAGGCUUUAGGGGGGCAGCUGGUAUUUAUACUGCUACUAAUGUUCACUGGGCUGCUUUUUGAUUAAUCCUUCUGAUUAAGCAAUAAUAUGGAAUAUCAACAGCCAUUCUGCAGGGAGAGGAGAGGCAUGCUCUGUUAAAUUCUCAUGCUAUAUGCUAUCUAAACUAUUUUUAUUGUUUUACAAAUUUGACAGGCAUAAGUGCAAAAAUACAGCACUUUUCAAUGACAGCUAAAUUCAGGAUAUCAAAAGUAACUAUCAUCUGAAGUGUUACACUCUUGUAAGGUCUGUUUCAUUGCCUGUAAUGAUAAAUGUCAUCCUCUCUAAAAUAAACUCUAUCCUGAACCCUUGGAACAACUGGGAGGUUGUUUUUAGCAGUUGUCACUGUAUAUGCAUGUAAAAUUUGGACAUGCUGUAUUUGACUUUUUUUUUCCGUUAUUAAGAACAGAGACUUUUUUAGAGCUGUGUUGUGCAGUGACUUCUGCAUUAUGUUUAAGGACCUAUUGGUUAUUAACUGGGGUCUUGUGACUCAGCUCACUUUGUGCAAGCAUCUCCCCAUCUUGGGUAAAUGCUUUCCACUGUGUAACUUCACCCUUAUGUUACUUUCUAAGUGAUGGCCCUUUUGUUGCAUCAGUCUAAGAAACACGAUCGAUAACAGGACUACUCACUUCUGCCCUUUCAUUCUGGUUUCUGCAUUGAGACUGUUUUUUGCUAUAUACUUCACAUCUAUACUGUGUAUAAGAGUGCUAAAUUGUCUUGCUUCGUUUAGCUAAGUGUCCACCCCUAAAAGGAAAACAAAUCUGUCAGUUACAAUUUUUUGUAUUAUCUUUACAGUUGUAAAUAAGAAACUUUUUAAAUUAAACAAGCUGAAAUGCAGAAAUAUAUAUUGUGCAGAUCACUGAUAACAUCAUGUGAGUCACAAGCCCGCUUCUUUUCCUUAGAUUACGUUUGCAGAAAAAAACAGUUGAUGUUGCUUGGGUCCCGGUUCAUUAUGAAGCAUUAAAUUAAUGGUUCCUCAUAUUACAUUACUUAGCAUGAAUUUAAACAAAUAAUGCAUAUGCACUAAAUAAUUGCUGGUAUAUUUUAAACUACAUUUCUCUAAUCUUUGGAACUGGGAGGACGUCCACUCUGUUGAGUCAAGCUGUGGUCCUUCAUGUCUAUUUGUCAAAUGAUGUGUUUUCUUGGCACUAACUACUGCCUGAUUUACCUGCUGACGCUCCCAGCAGUACAGGGUUCUAAGUACAUUCCAAGAAGCAAGCUGCAUAAAAUAAAUGCAUUAUCUCUCUAACUCUGCAUCUUGAGAGAUGUGUUCUAGCUUUAAGAGCAGCCAGGGCCAGUCUGGCUUGGGAAGGAUGGAUGGAUUCUCUGUUUAAAUGAAUACCAACCAUUUAGAAAGUGAGUCUUGAGGUCAGGCCUUCUUAUGUUA